AAUACAAUGAAGAAAUAAUUGAUUUGACUUCCUCUAAUAAUAACAAUUCGCAACAAUCAAACCAAAACGAUAUUCAAUUCGAUGACCUACCUUAUCCAGAAAUGUCUUCGUGGAUUAUUUCAAAAAAAAUGUGA